AUGCCGCGCGCGCUGGUCCUGCUCUCGCUGCUGGCGGUCGCCCGCGCCGCCGACGUCUUCGUCAUCGCCGACACCGCCAACGAGACGCUCGCCAUCGCCGACGCGGUCAACGAGACCAUCGCAGAUGCUACAGACAUUGUUCUGGGCGAUACCAACGACACUCUCACUGAUGGAGACCACGAACCUAUAGUGCGGAAGAAGCGGACAUUCGGCGAUAUAGUAUUCAGAGGAUUGGCUGAUGUUCUCGGGUAUAAUGUGGCGAGGAAACCACCGCAGGCGUUUGCCUUCCCGCCGCCCGUCGCUCCUGUGCCGGGGAUAGAUACGCCUCUACAAGCAGCAGCAGCGGCCCCCCCUCCAGCUCCUGCCGCGCCACCCUGUGCAGCUCCGCGAGCAGCUGCCCCACCGCCCUGCCGGGCACGACAACCGCCACCUCCACCACCACCACCGCCACCGAAAGCGCGCCCUCCCCCAUGUCCUAAACCUAGAGCCGCCCCAAAGCCGAAACCAGCACCACCCCCCCCGCCUCCUCCUCCUCCACCGUGCGCUUCACCCCGCGCGAACCCAACCACUGCUGCCCCUUGCGCCGCCCCUGCCCAACCCAAAGCAGAUUCUAAUCUUGAAACCAUAACUUCCAACUUGCGCUUCAACUUUAACUUUAACCGAGCUUUAGCUACUCCCACCCCUGCAGCUAAUGAUGAUAUUGCAGAAGAGGAAGCGCCGCAAGAACAACCUGCACUUCAAAUUACGCCCAUAGCAAUUCAGCCUCGCGCAGCUAAGCUGCCUCCUCCAGCUCCUCGCAAUCCACGCGUGUACGUGGACGCGUUUGUCGUUCGUGAUGGAGUUCCGCAACGAGUGCACACCAUUGACGCUAAAAAUAUAAAUAGGCCACAAGUCGCCGACGACGAUUAUCUCUUCGACGUGGAAGAUGAUGAAACCCAAAAUGAUCAGGGCCAACAGGAGCAACUGUAUGAUGACUACGAGGAUGCGCAGGAGUCUCGCGAUCGAUCUAAAGCUGUACGUGAAUUCGGUACCGCUGUUGAUCAGUUUUGGGCUCAAAAACAAAAACCUAAGAAAAAACUGCCACUCAACGAUUAUAGAAAAGUUCAUUUCGGUGAUCGAGACUUAGGAAAUCAACUUCGUCGCAGGAAUGAUGAUGAUGAUUCAGAAAAAUUCCAGAGAGAACGACCAAAAGCAAACCGUGUACCCUUACAAGUACCAGACGACGCAGGGAGUGAGGAAGAGAGCGAAGUCACAACGACGACACAGGAUCCACGUCGAAAGCUAAAACCACGCGUGCUUCCGCCCACUGAACACAACCCUAACCAAAUUGACACAGUAACGGUUCGAGUGCCACCAAUCUAUAAAGAAAAAAGGCCUAAAAAACUACACAGAGAAAGACCCGAAGCUCCUGAUCGCGAUGAAGAUAGCGCGGAAGAAACUCCUAGGGAAGAAUAUCCAGAAAACGACUCUGAUACUGAUAGUGAGCAAAGCACACAAGUGGAACGAUCGGAAGCUCCGAAGCGUAGACGACGUCGUAAGAAGAGCAGACGGGUUCGAUCCACGUACAGUCAAGCAUAUACAGCGGGCGACUAUGACUACUUUGGAAAAAAACUCCCAAUAUCCGAAGAGGAAGAGCAUUACAGAACAUUAACCAUUCCGCCGCCAACGAAAGACGCAGAUGUAGCACGACUCGAAGCAGCUGAAGAUGAGGGUCAUUUUCUUGAUGACCAUGAAAGACUUCGCGAAGACCCGGAACGGAUACAAGCAAAGAAUAAAAAAGAUAAGAAAGAAGUCGCCGAAGAAAGCAGGUAUGUAGAAGACAGAGAACGCGCCGACGAAUCGGAGAGAUCGGAUGAGAGAGAACGGUCCAGUGAGGACACAGAACGAGCGAGCGAAGCUGAAAGGUCAGACUCCAGCGAACGAUCCGACAAACUGAGUCCAAACGCCAGAGUCCGCGAAACAGGAUACAAGAGCAAUUAUGUACGAGCUACAAACGUUCGGGUCGACGACGAUCAGCCAGAAAUAUCGGUUGUUAAAAGAAAAAACAGAACACUUAAAAGAAAGCCGUAA